CUUCUAAACCCCUUUACCACGGCAGAACCAGCAGAAAUCUCAAACAAGGCGAGACGAGGAAUAUCUCCGAAUCCCUAACGUUUCUGUAUCCAAUCCGAUGGAGGACCGAGGUGGAAACGACGUGCCGGCUUCAAUCCCUUCCGGAGAGCAAAUGGUUUGGGCCGACGUCUCCCCCUUGCUCGCCGCCGCAUGCAAUGAUCUUCAUGAUGGGGAGCUUAUUCAUGGCGAGAACUUCAAUUUAUUUGCUGCCAUGUCUGCUUUGGAGAUAAUGGAUCCUAAAAUGGAUUCUGGAAUGGAGCGAAAUGGUUUUCACUCCAUUGAAGAAGCCAUUGAAAGUGGUGCUGCUCCUAUUCCACUUAGUUUAGAUAGAACAGUUGAUGUUCAACGCUGCAUUGAUGUAAUGGACCACCUUUUGUCAUGUGAGACAACAUGGCACAGGGGUCAUUCCUUGGCUCAGACUGUUUUUUCGUGUAUCUAUCUGCUGAGGAUUGAGAGAACAGCCACACACCCAUUGUUGCACUCAUAUUGCAGAAUAAUGCGUUCUACAUGUGAUGUGGUUAUUACAGCUGUCUCUGAUGCACGUACACAUGAGGAAGAGGACUUUUUCACAACGGCUUACAGCUUGCCUUUGAAAGGAGAUGGAGAUGAAAAGUGCUUGUCACUUCUAAAUUCUGUGGAAGAAACAGUUUCUCGCCAACUACGUGCUUGUAAAGCCCAAGCAUCUAGGAAGAAGCUAUGUGAUGAUAUUGGGUCGCUACAAACCAAUCCUGAUCUUGAAGAAGGUUAUUGCCGAGCUGUUCUCUGCCGCUUACGUUUUCGUAAGCACUUCUACCACGCCCUUGUGUGCAUGAGAAAGCCCAAAGGAAGGGGUCUUGAGCUGGCUAAAAAGCAUGUGAUGUCGUGCCUCUCUGAGCUUGGUUCCAUGUCAAAGUCAGUGGAAUUUCUCAGAUCUAAUGCUGGUGGACCUAGUGACGGUGAAAUUGAAUGUAGAACAACUGCAUCAGGAAAACAGCCUUUUGGGUUUGAUGCUAAUAUAAAUAGCAGAUUGUCUGCUCCAACUCCCCCACGAGCAAUCCAACUCCUUAGUUGGAAACAAGCUAUUGAGUUCUUUGAGAAGCUUCUGAAUGAUCUGGAUGCUAUUUUUUCAUUGCCACUUGAUCUGUCGCUGGAAAACAUUCUGCAGUUUUUGGUUCAAUUUCAGAAAUCACAGCCUGAUCUAGUUGCAAGAGCUCAUCUCCAGCUUUUGUUAGUUCAAGAUGGGAAGUUAUAUGGGAAAUAUCCUUUCCAUGUGGUCAUUUCAAGGGCGUUAGUAUUGCCCGAAGGUACAAGUGAUCAGGCAUUUCAGGAAAAUGAAUUUGUAGUGCAGCUAGGUCAGCUGACGAUAAACUUGAUUAAAAUCCUCUGUACUAACAAUGCAUGGCAAAGGCGCAAACUGGGCAAGAUUUUGCAAGAUUGGGGUGUUAUUUCAAUACAGCUUGAGCUGGCUUUUAGAAGGGAGUUUGAUGAGACGUUAAAAGUCUCAGCUGAUGAGAUGCUAUUCACCAGGCUGUCUAAACGUCUCCUUGUUUGGGCGGAGGAGAAGACGUACUGGAUUGCUUCUCGAUUCCUACUUCUGGGAUUCCAGCUGGAGCUAUACUCUCCGAAGGAAUAUUGCAUGGUAUAUUGGUAUAUGUACAUUAUUUUUGUGAAUCUUUUAGAGAAGAUGCAAAUGCGGGCCAGUUACCCUGUUGAUGAUUCUCGGAGAAAAGGGAAAAAGAAACGGGAUAUUGCUAAGGAUGUGGGUUUGGAAUCUGGUGUUUGCGCGAUGUGCAUGUUACUCCAAUGCUACAUCUACAUUUCAGAAGGAUUGACCAUGAUGCUAGCUGCUCUGCAUAAUGAAAGACAAAAUUUCAAAAUUUCUAGCCCUUUUAAUAGUGAGCAUGAGAGAUUUAUUCAGCACUUUGAGCUUCUGCAGAGGGCUAAUGUUCCUCCACAUAUUUCCUACCAUCUAUUCAUGGAAUCAACAACGCAUGUACGAAUUUCUAAUGUGGUUAAGCACAACUACUUCAGAGAAGUUCAAAGGAUAUUAGCCUCACUUCGUGGCAGCUUCGCCGGCGACUCAAAUAAACUGUUAGAGCUCCACCAGCUAGAGCAAGUCAUCGAACACAAUCGAAUAGCUUUGAGCGUGAUCGACCAAGUCGGCGCUAGCGAUCCGUCCCUUGAAAUCAGGUUCGAGUUCCAACACCACCCCUUCUUUCCAGUUGCAGUGGUCAAGAGAUCAUAAAUCAUUUUGAUGGUAGAAACCAAUUUUGCGUAAUAAGACUCAGUCUUAACAAAAGAUUUUUUUAGACUGUCCCAUUCAAAAUUUUCGAGAAGAUCCAUUGCUUUUGGCUUAAGAGGAAUGGAUCUUUUGCAUUGCAGGGCGGCUUCUAUUUUUUUAAUAUUAUUUUGGUUUGGUUUAUUGAGUUUUUUAGGUGGAAGUCUUUUGUAUUGUGAUAUUGGAAGAUUAUUGUAGUGAUAAUUGAGUAUUCAAUUGGUUGCCUACCAGUCAAAUUGUCUUGUAGUUUAUCAGUGAUAGUUAACUUCUACAGAAUUGUGAUCCACUUAGCUGAAGGAUUUCGUGGCAAUGUUAGUCAUUUCUUUUAUAUACAAAUGAACACGAGCAUGAAUUAUCUA